AUGUUGCCUGAGGAAGAGGCCCAGAGGAGGAGAAAGAAACAUGAAAGAGAUGGGAAUGACAUUUUCUCAGAUGUUUCUCCUACACAUGUGAUCAAGAAAUUACAACCAAAGGAGAACAGUAAUACAGGAGAAGUAUUCCAGGCAGUGAUGUUGGAAAGGCACGAAGGUCAUGAAAUCAAAGAUUUUUACUUCGGGGAAAUCCGGAAAAGUAUGCAUGACUUUGAGUGGCCAUGGAGAGAUGAUGAAAUAAAUUACAAAGACGUGCCUGUGACCCAUAAAUACAGUCUCCCUGAUAGAAGAGAUCAACAUGGUACAAUGGAGGCAGGAAACAAGGCUGUUGUCAAUAGGCUUGGAUUCAGCUUUCAGGAUAAAUGGGACACGUUUCAUACUGAAGGAAAAAUGUAUGCAUGUAAUCAAGUUGAUACGUGUGUUAACACUGGUUCCUCAGUUUCACCACUUCAAGAAAUGUCUCCUAGUGUCCAAACCAAUAUCUCUAAUGAACAUGGGAAUGAUUUUAUUCACCCUUCAACACUGACACAGAUGAAAAAUCACAUGGGGAAAAAAGCCUUACAAAUGUCAUGUGGGAAGCUCUUCAGUCAAAAUUCAAAUCUUGCAAGUCAUCAGGGAAUCCGUACUGAAGAGAAACCUUACAAAUGUAAUGAGUGUGGCAGAGCCUUUAGUAAAAAUUCACACCUUGCUAAUCACCAGAGAAUACACACUGGAGAGAAACCCUACAGAUGUAAUGAGUGUGGCAAAGCCUUUAGUGUAUGUUCAAGCCUGACGAACCAUUGGUUAAUCCAUACUGGAGAGAGGCCUUACCAGUGUAAUGGAUGUGGCUAGGCUUUCUGCCAAAGUUCCAAACUGGUAAAACAUCACAGAAUUCAUACUGGAGAGAAACCACACAAAUGUGAUGAGUGUGGUAAAGCUUUUAUUCAAAGUUCAAGCAUAGUUGACCAUCAGAAAAGUCAUACUGGAGAGAAACCAUACAAAUGUAAUGUGUGUGGUAAAGCCUUUAUCGUGCAUUCAAGCCUAAUAAACCAUCAGGUAAUGCAUACUGGAGAAAAACCUUAUAAACGUAAUGAAUGUGACAAGGCUUUUAUCAAGCAUUCACACCUUAGGGAUCAGGACAGAGUUCAUACUGGAGAGAAGCCAUACAAAUGUAUUGAAUGUGGCAAGGCCUUCAGACAAUGGUCUGACCUCAGGAUUCACCAACGAAUUCAUGCUGGAGAGAAACCUUUCAAAUGCCAUGUGUGUGGCAAAGCCUUUACUCAGGGCUCACACUUGACUAAACAUCAGAUAAUCCAUACUGGAAAGAAACCAUAUAAAUGUGAUAUAUGUGGGAAGGUCUUCGGUAAGAAUUCACUAGCAGUUCAUCAGAGAAUCCAUACUGGAGAGAAACCUUACAAGUGGAGUGACUGUGGUAGAGCCUUUAGUGUGCAGUCCAGCCUAACUCAUCAGGCAACCCAUACUGGAAAGAAACCUUACCAAUGUAAUGAAUGUGGCAAGGCCUUUACCAAGCAUUCACACCUUGGGCAUCGUGGGAGAAAUCAUACUGGAGAGAAGCCAUACGCAUGUGUUGAAUGUGGCAAGACCUUUCGUCAAUGGUCUGACAUCAGGAUUCACCAAGGGAUUCAUGCCAGAGAGAAAUCUUUCAAAUGUAAUGAAUAUGGCAAAGCCUUUACUCAAGGCUCACGCCUCAGUACACCUCAAGUAAUCCAUAUUGGAGAGAAACCAUAUAAAUGUGAUGUAUGUGGCAAGGUCUUCAAUCAAAAUUCACACCUCACAAGUCAUUGGAGAAUCCAUGCUGGAGAGAAAGGUUACAAGUGCAACGAGUGUGGCAAGUUCUUCAGUCAAAAUUCACACCUUGUAAAUCACUGGAGAAUCCAUACAGGCGAGAGACCUUACAAAUGUAGGGAGUGUGGCAAAUCCUUCAGUGUCCAUGCAAGCCUAAGUAAACAUCAGGUAAUCCAUACAGGCGAGAGACCUUACAAAUGUAAUGAGUGUGGCAGAGCUUUUAACAGGGGUUCACACCUUAGACUUCAUGAGAAAAUUCAUACUGGAGAAAAGCCAUACAAAUGUAUUGAAUGUGGAAAGGCUUUUAGACAAUGGUCUGACCUCAGGAUUCACUGAAGAAUUCAUUCUGGAGAGAAACUCUACAAAUGCCAUGAGUGUGGCAAAGCCUUUACUCGAGGUUCACACCUCACCAGUCAUCAGAUAAUCCAUACUAGAGAGAACCUUACAAAUGUACUGAAUGUGGCAAUGCUUUUAGGUAUUGCCUUAAACCCAGGGUUCACCAAAUAGUUCAUACUUAGAAAUGCAACGAAUGUGGGAAAGUUUUAAAUUAGUUCUCUUCACUAUGACUAAGUAUCCUGGAGAGAAACCACACAGAUGUAAUGUGUGUGGCAAGGAUUUUACCCAAAGAUCAAAAGUUGGGGAACAUACCAGGGUAACACCUUAUAAAUGUAAUGAGUGUGGCAAAGUUCUUAGCUUGAGUUCCAAGUAUUUUACAAUAUAGUCCAUGUUGAAGGGAAACCAUGUAAAUGUUUGUGGCAGAGCCAUUUUCCAUGUCUUACAAUGAGAUCAGAAUAUAUAAUUUUCAGAGAAACCACACAAAACUGUGCGUGCUAAGGCUUUUGCCCUAAAGUCAAAACUGUGAAACAUCAGAGGAUUUAUAUUGGAGAGCCACCUUACAAAUGUAAAGAAUGUCAUCAAGUUUUCAUUAAAUGAUCAUGCCUUUGGAGGAAUGAGAGAAUUUAUGCAGGGAAAACUAUACCAAAUAUGCUGAAUUUGGAAAUACCUUUAAGAAACUGUGUGUCCUCAGGAUUCACCAACAAAUUCAUACUGGGGAGAUUCCUUGCAAAUCCUUACAAAUUUGAUAAAUAUUUUGACCAAUUUACAGGCAGGACCACAAAUGCAAGAAUCCAGGAAGAACUAGAUGCAACUGGAAUAACUAAGUCUUUAGUUCUCAGAGAUUAACCUGAAAUGUUCCACACUGCAUAUUAAUUAUGUCAAAAAUUGUUACCUGUAUCAUGGGAAUAAGGACAUGAGUGGAAGUAGCUCAUGAUUUUCUGUGUAUAUUUAUCUGACUUUUCUUCAAAAGGCUUCAUUAAAGCCUCGUAUUUCUGAGUUUUACCCUCAAGACUGAAAUCUGUUGAUCUUAAGCCAUCCUUACAGGCCUUACCUGACCGUCUCUGAGGAGGAAUCAUAAAAUAAAGGAGCCUGCUUCAUUGGGUGUGACUCAUUCAUAUCCGUGUUCUCUGGAACAACAAGGACACGGAGUUAUCAGAUUCAGUUUUGUGUGAAUUUGCAAAACCACCCUAAAAGUCGUCAUGCUUGUUAUGUUCAGGGCAAUCUUCUUUAGGUAGACCCUUCUCUAGCUGAGUUACAGGGACUGGCCUUUUUGUGAGAAGAUAGGGAUAGUUGGUUUAGUCAGGACUGAUUAUGUGGUAGAAACCAUGCAGGGGAAGAUAGUAAUAGUUCUUCUGUACUAUCAGUGACAAAUUGAUGGAUCAUUAAUGCCAUUCCCUUUUCUUGGAAAAUGAAAGGAGCAGUUAUGAGUUGAAUCCAAAGAACCAGAACAGUAAGUGCAUGAUUAAUACU